AAGUUUACAUUUUAUUUUAGAAUUCCAUCCGACACAAUUUAUCGCUUCACAAUAGAUUCAUGAGGGUUCAAAACGAAGGUACCGGGAAAUCAUCUUGGUGGAUGAUCAACCCAGAUGCAAAACCCGGCAAAUCGGUGAGGAGAAGAGCGGCGUCGAUGGAAACGAGUAAAUUUGAAAAACGAAGGGGGCGAGUUAAGAAGAAGGUUGAUGCGAUGAGAAAUGGUUUACCUUUGGACCCCACUUCUAGUCCUAGUUCAUCAGUCCACGAAGGGUUAGAUGAUUUUCCAGAUUCACCUUUAGGAAGGUAAAAAAAAUAUUUAACC